CAGUCUCGGCCCUGCCCUGGGGAGGGCAGGCUGGGGGACUGAGCCGGGCCAGGACACAGGGAAGAGUCAUCAGCUCGGUCCGGAGAGUGUGGAGGGCAACGCAGCAGCAGCCCAGGAAGCCGGGCCGGGAGUCACGGGAAGGCACCACCCGGCCUUCCUCCGCCUCCGCUCUCUAUAAAGGGCGUGGGCCCUGGACGCUUCCCAGUCAGGAGCCCAGGUCGAACACCCCGCGCAGAGCAGCCGGCCUGGCCAUGGAGCCGCUGAGCACCGCCAACACCGCCUUUGCCUUGGACAUCUUCCUUCUCCUGUGUAAAAAUGACCGCACGGGGAACGUCUUCAUCUCGCCCUACAGCAUCUCCUCGGCCAUGGGCAUGGUCUUCCUGGGGACCCGGGGCGACACCGCAGCACAGCUCUCCAAGGCUCUUCACUUUGAUAUGGUUAAGGAUGUUCAUUCAGGUUUUCAGAGCCUGAAUGCAAAGCUGAAUAAACAUGGUGCCUCCUAUACUCUGAAACUUGCUAACAGAUUAUAUGGAGAGAAAACCUAUGAUUUCCUCCCGGAGUUCUUGGCCUCAACUAAGAAAAUGUAUGGUGCAGAAAUGGUCAGCGUGGAUUUCCAGGAUGACACUGAGAACACAAGAAAGAAAAUAAACAAGUGGGUCAAAGAACAGACAGAAGGGAAAAUUCCAGAACUGUUGGCUCCAGGUGUCCUUGAUGACACAAGUAAGCUUGUAUUAGUGAAUGCCAUCUACUUCAAAGGGAUGUGGCAGGAGAAAUUCCUGAAAAGUGACACAAUUGAUAUGCCAUUCAGAUUGAACAAGAAAGACACAAAAACAGUGAAGAUGAUGUGUCAGACGGCAAGAUUUCCAUAUGGCUACAUUAAGGAACUUAAGUGCCAGGUGCUGGAGCUGCCUUACCAAGGCCAGAAGGUCAGCAUGAUUAUUCUGCUGCCUGAUGACAUCGAGGAUGACACCACAGGUCUGGAGGAGAUUGAGAAACAACUGACACUGGAAAAACUGCGUGAGUGGACUGAGGAUCUGGAGACCAUUGAGGUCAAUGUCCAGCUGCCGAGGUUCAAACUGGAAAAGAGCUACAGCCUUAAUGACAGUCUCGCCCAUCUGGGGGUGCGGGAUCUCUUUAGCAGUAGCAAGGCUGAUCUGUCUGGUAUAUCCAGAGCCAGAGAUCUUUCUAUAUCAAAAAUUAUCCACAAGGCCUUUGUAGAAAUGAAUGAGGAGGGUACAGAGGCAGCAGCUGCCACAGCAGGCGUCGCUGUCUUUGCCAUGCUGACCCAGGAGGUAAAUUUCUCGGCCAACCACCCUUUCAUCUUCAUUAUUAAGGACAAUACCAUAGAUGAAUCCCUGUUCAUUGGCAGAUUUGCUUCUCCGUAGAACAAGAAGAAACUGGAAAUGCAAGGUCAAGCUUGAGCUGUAUUAUCUGAGCUAUUAAUGGUGGCAGCAUUCACUUAUCUUUACCAGUAAAAUCAGCCAGAAGCAAAUCUUUAAUUUCCUCUGUAAGUUCAUCUCUAUUGGCUUUUUACAGCCAUGUAUUUUGGCCUAGGCAUCUAUUUUUCCUUUUUCAUGUUGUAAAAAGAAAAAGUACCCCACAGGUUGCUUUUAAAAUGCAUGAAGUUUUUUUAAAAAGGCAAAAAAAAAAAAAAUCAAUGUGCAGAUUCUUGACAGUGCAGUAAUCUAUGAAAUUGCAAUGCUCUCCCGUUAGCCAUGGGGAAAACAUGACAUUUUCCAAAAUCAAAUUGCGCUCAAUCCAGAAUUAGAAUCAGCCAAAAAGCAGAGGUGAAAUCAGUUUGACAGAAGAAAAGUAAUGAGGCACCAUUUAUGCAGAGGCUCCAUCUGAGUAACUCCGCUCACCUGCAACAGUCCUGGGACUUGCAAAGAUCACCAGACCCGAUGCAGCUGCUGUUUUCAAGCAGAGAAGGGGGAGAAAUUGCCAGGGACUCCUGCAGUAAGUCUCUAGUCCACACCUGCCCAAUGUGUGAUGCAGGCCUGAGGGGGAAAAAAAAAAGUACUAAGAGACAGAACUAGGAGAGAGAGCAGGCCCAGGAUGGCCGAUGCUGGUGCAACUAACAAAGGCACUGGCCGGUCCCAGGCACUGACUUAUUGGCAAUCAACUGAGGUAAAGGUGAGCUGCUAGUGGUUUCUAUGGAAAUUAAUGUAAACAAGGCUCAUAAAGGACAAGGCAAAGCAUUCUCGAAUUAGGAGCAGAAUAGAUAAAAUACACAGUUGUAAUUACAUUGUCCUUCUAGCUUGAAGGUUUUAGUCGUGGGAACAGAAUUUGGGUGCGAGUUACACUGACCUUUGCAUGUAGGCUUCAGCAGACUCACUCCUAUAAACAAGCCAGUUGUGGGGCCAAUUCUUCAAAGCCAGCUUUGGGCAUCAUCAAUACUAUGGUCCUCUGCACAUGUACAUAAGUGGACCCACAGAAGCGGUUGCUAAUUAGUUUCCUUCAUCUUUGUGACAUGGGAACAUUCAAUUUAUUUUACAGCUAGAAUUUAGGAAGCUAUGGUAGAUAUCUAACCUGAUGUGGAAAGGAGGGUUAAAAACAGAUAUGCAGUCAGAAUAGAGGCAAACACUCUGACUAAGGGGCUGGGUGAUGAAGGCAAACUUCCUUUGCCCUGUAUUUUGGUCUUUUUGUCCCCAAGAUGAGUGUGUACUCAGCCACAGCCCUUGAGUGUCUCUGUGCUUCAGCAAAAUGCCAUCAAGUCAUAGCCAGCACCACUUCUUGCUAUCCCUUAUGUGUGAUAGGUACUGCAUGUGGGGUCACUGAGUGGGUGCCUCAUGAUCAAAGAUGGUAAGAGAUACAAAAAGAAAAA